GGAUGACCCGGAUGUUGAUUGGCUCUGUGUUGAAAGACCACGCUGCUUGCGUGGUGCUGCUACUUUCUUCACACUAAUGGACACCUUCGAGCUGUUUCGGAAGCUCGGAGCUGGAGCUAAAUUUGACUUGAAGAGAUUUGGUCUCGACGCCGCUCGAUUUAAGGUUGUCAGAUCUCAGGGAGAAAAGGCAACUUCAGAUUGUCUCUCUGAGAUCGACUACUUUGGCUCAGGCUCAGCUAAUGGAGCCCAGAGACGUGAUGAGGAGGAAAGUGACCGCGGACACUCGACUGAGAUUGGGAAGAGGAAGCGCAAGGAAGAAGAGAUAGAUGUGAAGCGCCAGAAGAAAACGAGUAGAAGCAGCACGAUGGAGGUGGGAGGUGCUGCUCAGCAGCUGAGUGACACUCAGGGCAUCACUUGGACCUCCCUGGACAAAACCCCUCAAACCCUGCAAAGAGACGGGAAUGGGAAGUCCUCGUUGAAGAGACUGAAGCAUCUUCAUCUGGAGAAGGUGAAUCAAAUUCGUGCUAAACACCGUAUAAAUGUGCACGGCAGCGACGUGCCCGACCCUGUGUGCACAUUUGAGGAGCUGCAGUCCGAGUAUCACCUCCACACACGCAUUCUUCAGAACCUCAAAGAUGCAGGGCUGAACUCUCCAACGCCGAUACAGAUGCAGGCGAUACCGCUCAUGAUGCACGGUCGGGAGCUCUUGGCGUGCGCUCCCACGGGAUCGGGGAAAACGUUGGCAUUCUCCCUUCCGCUGCUCGCCCACCUGAAGCAGCCAGCAAAUCUGGGCUUCAGAGCUCUGAUCAUCUCUCCAACCAGAGAACUGUCUAGUCAGACCCACCGAGAGCUGCUCCGCCUGUCAGAGGGAGUCGGGUUUAGAGUUCACAUCAUUGAUAAAGCUUCCCUCGCUGCCAAGAAAUAUGGCCCACAGUCAAACAAGAAAUAUGAUAUCCUUGUCAGCACUCCAAACAGACUGAUCUACCUUCUGAAGCAGGACCCUCCUGCUGUUGACCUCAGCAGUGUGGAGUGGCUGGUUGUGGACGAGGCUGAUAAGCUGUUUGAAGACGGUAAGACGGGAUUCAGGGAGCAGCUGGCCACGAUUUUUCUCGCCUGCUCUGGUGCAAAGGUGCGCAGGGCUUUCUACAGCGCCACGUGCACACAAGAAGUAGAACAGUGGUGCCGGCUGAACCUCGACAGCCUGGUUUCUGUCAACAUUGGACACCGAAACACGGCAGUGGAGACGGUGGAACAGGAACUGCUGUUUGUUGGGACAGAGAGCGGAAAGCUUGUGGCCGUGAGGGACAUCAUCAAGAAAGGUUUCCUCCCUCCCAUGUUGGUGUUUGUUCAGUCCAUAGAGCGAGCACAAGAGCUCUUCCACGAGUUGGUGUACGAAGGCAUCAACGUAGACGUGAUCCAUGCCGAGCGCACGCAGCAGCAGAGGGAAAAUGUGGUGAACAGCUUUCGCUCCGGUAAGAUUUGGGUUCUGAUCUGCACGGCUCUGCUUGCCAGAGGAAUCGAUUUCAAAGGAGUGAACCUCGUACUGAACUACGACUUCCCCACCAGCGCCGUGGAGUACAUCCACCGGAUCGGACGAACUGGUAGAGCAGGGCAUCGGGGGAAGGCCAUCACUUUCUUCACAGAGAAUGACAAACCGUUGUUACGCAGCAUUGCUAAUGUGAUAAAACAAGCUGGCUGUCCUGUUCCAGACUACAUGACAGGCUUCAAAAAGAUACACAGCAAAAUAAAGCGAAGACUUGAGAAAAAACCUCCCAAGAGAAGCACCAUUUGCACAACUCCUCGCUUCCUAAUGAAGGAGAAAGGCAAAGCACAGAAAAAGCAACAAACGCAGAAAGAAGAAACUAAACCUCCAACAGCAGCACAAAGACAAAAAGACAUAAAGAAGACAAACAGGCAUGAGAAAAAAGCACCAAAAGGAGGGGGAACAAAAAAACACAAAGGCGCAACUCAGAAGAUGGGAUCAAAUUCCUCAGGAGUUAAAAUUAAAAAGAAGAAGAGUCAGAAAGUUUAAUCAGAGACGGCAACGGAGGCAAGAAACGACUUGAGAAUAAUGUGGACUUUGACUUUUUCAUCAAUAUUUAGCAGUUUUUAUUUUCACAUUUGUGCAUUGUAUCAUCAAAGUUAAAAAAUAAAUAAAUGUGUGUAUGUUAUUCUUAACUUUGAGUUUUACUUUACGGUCUGAGUUGAUAACCAAGCAGCUGACAGUAGCUAAUGGAAAUUAAAUAAAAAAUGUCCUCAAACUCCUCAAGAAAUACUGGUGGA